AUGACAAGUGGGUUCCCUUUCUGCAUUCAAUCCACAAAACCUCUGUGGGUAUCCAAUAAAAAAGUUGCUGAUUUCAUCAAUCCCACCUCGGGUGAAUGGAGAAUUGCAAAGCUUAGACAAGUGUUAUCAGAAGAAAAAGUCCAAGCGGUGGCUAAUAUUCCCAUAUCAAAACUCGGAGGAGCAGAUUCGGUCGUAUGGGGUCUUCACCCUAGUGGGAAGUAUAUAGUCAAGAGGGGUUACCACAAGGCUUGGUCUGACUACAUUGUUUCUAAACCCGAGCGUCCAUCCAUGUCUAAUGUUCCUGGUCCUUCAUUUUGGAAUUUUUUGUGGAACCUCAAAAUCCCUCCCAAAUUGAAGCACUUUUGGUGGUGGGCCUGUCGUAACAAGUUGGCUACUAAGGAGAAUCUGGUACAAAGAAAAUGUGCAGCCUCGCCAAUCUGUCAAAGAUGUGGGAAAGCUAUUGAAUCAGAAGAGAUUGACAAAGGGAAUUUGGAGCCUGAUAUUUUCGCUAAAGCAGUCUUUUUGUGUUGGUUUAUUUGGAAGGCCAGAAAUGAUCUUGUGUUCCAAUCCUUGAAACAAUCCCCUAUUUCAACUAUUGCUCGUGCUAUGGGAGCAUGGGAUGAAUUUAUUUCAGCUACUGAGACCACUUGCUCUACCCAUCAGUCGCUUCAUUCUUCCCUACCUUUACCUUCUUCCCAUUGGAUCCCUCUUGGGGUUGGUUCUCUGAAAAUCAAUUGUGAUGCCUCUUGGUCCAGGGAUCUCAAGAGGGGAUGGGGUGGAAUUAUUUUGAGAGAUAAUCGUGGUCAUCUUGUUGAUGGGAGAAGAUUCAGGAUCUCAUCUACUUCGGCUUUCCUUGCAGAGGCCUCUGUUCUUCAUGAAGCAUGCCUUUUCGCCAAAGCUUUGAACCUUUCCUCUGUUUGCAUUGAGAAUGAUAAUGCGCAGCUUAUUUCUUUAAGUGUUUCAGAACUUGUUCCUCCUUGGGAAGCUUUGGCAAUUAUUUGUGAUAUUUGUUUGCUUGCUAGUGAACUGAGGCUUUCUUUCAACUGGACCCCCCGGAUAGGAAAUGAGGCUGCUCAUUGGAUUGCCUCCUCUCAAGCCUCUAGCUUAGGUCUAAAUUGGGUGGUUUUCCCCCUUGCAGUUUUGGUCUCUAUUUUAUGUAAUGCCACUCUUGUUUAUCAAUAA